AUGGCGGGCUCAGGAGUAGGUGGUAGUAGUCUAGCUGAGUCUGUUGAUGUUGGUGGUACCAACGGUACUAAGAGAGACUCUGAAGUAUGUGAAUUAUCAAAGCAGCUUAGAGUCGCUUUGCAAAAGGUCACAGAUCGUAUUUACAGUUGUCACAAAUCUUCGGUGUUGGUGAAGCACUUUCCGUUUUUGGAAGUUAGGCAUGGUCGAUGGUUGGAAUGUGCCGCUAAGCAGGUGUUUGAUGAAGCAAAGUUAAUGAUGGAGGAGGAUGUUGACAAAGUGUAUACAAAGUAUCAACUGGAAGAAUUUCUUUCAACUAUAAUGUCUCUCAGACAAGAGGCUGCACACUCAACGGAGUCUGCUUUUCGACCAUCUGGAUCACCUCAAGAUGACUUGAGACCAUUUGUGAUGGAACUGUUAAUGCCAGCUUUAAUGGAACAGGAAAAGCAUCUUGAAGAGGUGGAAUCUGAAAAUGCAGAGUUGAUGGCUCGAGUGAGUGAAAGUCGACAGCGACUGGCUGCUACUGUUGAACGGUUUGAGCAAGAACAGGACACAUUCAGACAAGUUAGACCAGCAAAUCAUUCAUUCUACAAUGCAAAAGUAAUAUCCGUGUGUUUGUCUUCCGACUAGGUGAGACAAGCUAUACCGACAAUAGAACCUCUAAAGGACAAAUUGAGUUUCUUAGAACAGAGGCUAGAGAGUUUGACAGACUCAGAUACUA